CAGGUUUAAAAAUGGUUCAGAAACGUGAUCUCUCGUAUUGCUUGACUUUCACACCAAAACUGCCAUCUUAGGGUCGAUUUUGCUCUUAUUGAACAACAUAAAUAGAUGCACUUUGAUUUAGAUCUUUCUGAUAAGCACUUUAAGGCAGCAUGUGACGUACCGUAAUCCUCUAAUUGGGAAAAUAAUCGGGGAUCUGGAUGAAUCACACCACCUACACCUUUCAUCCACCUCUGUAGCUGCCUACAGCCACACCUCUGGACUGGGACAAACAAGACACUACGUUUAUACACACAUAGUUUUAUAAAAAAAAUAUGUUGUCUCAUCAUCUGUCAUUUUAUUAACAACAACAUAACCUAUAAGUCGUCUCUGUCUGUCUGAGUUCCUCCAGACACCCAGCUCCUCCCUCUCGGUGCAGCUCGAAGGCGACAAAACCACAUUUGUUCCCCUAUCUCUUAAAGACCACCCUCACCUCACCCCUUCACCAACGCCUGCUUUUUUUAACUUAUAAAAAGGGCAAGCAGUGAUAUCCGUGUUCACAGUCAGUUUUCUCAAGUCCAGAGUGAACAGGCAAGACAAAGGAUUAACCGUCAGCUUGCAUCCAUCACCGAGACGAGACAUGUCUCUGUUGAAUAUUUGCGUCCAAGCCGGCCUCAUGCUGUCCCUCCUUCAGCGUUCGUAUCAGUCGUGCACAGACGGGACACCCAAACAGUGCAUGGAGGCAGAAAUAGCUCCGGGUACCAACAUGGCCGGGGAAGGCUUUGAUAUCACCAAAAUGGAGCGUAAGGGCUCCUUUGUGCUCAACAUGAGCAAGUGGAAACGCAAGGAUAAAACAUGCACCCUGUGCACAAACCCCUACUUAGAGAACAUAAAGCAAAAGCUCCCGUUGUCGGUGGUGAACUGGAGAGCAAAGCAGUCCUGCAGCAUGAAGGUGGCCACCUCGCUCCACCAAUCCAGCGAGUCUCUGGUCAGCUCCAUCACCUCUUCUGUGGAGAACAACUGGAAGGUCAAUCUUGACUGUGAUAUGAAAGAUAAAAGCGGCUCAGUGAUGCUCGCUGGUACCCAUUCUAAACUGGCUGAAAACUCCAUGGAAAAAACCAAGAAGGACAAGUUCAGCUUCGCGAGCCACAGCUUUUCCUGUGAGUUCUACAGCUUCGGAGUGUCCAGCAAUCCCGGACUGCACGGAGAAUUUAAAAAAGCAUUGAAAAAACUACCAAAAACAUACAGCCCUGAAAGUAAGCAGAGGUAUUACGAACUGAUCGACAACUUUGGCACCCAUUACAUCACCAAGGUGAAGAUGGGAGGAAGUGUUCAAUCUGUGACCAGCAUCAGGCAGUGCCAGGCCAGCCUGAAUGGAAUCAGCUCGGAGGAGGCGCAGAUGUGCCUGGAGGCCGAGGCGUCCGCCAGCUUCAAAGCUGAACUCAAAACUGAAACAAAACACUGCCAGAAGGACAUCGACAAGACGGAAAGUAAGGCGUCCUUCUCCAGCCUCUUCAACGACAGGUUCACAGAAACAAAGGGGGGUCAUACCCAGGACAUGGACCUUCUCUUCUCUUCUGAAAAAAACCCAUCAGCCAACAAAGAAUGGCUGAACACCCUGCCACAGAAUCCAGACAUAGUGUCCUAUUCCCUGGACUCGCUUCACGAGCUACUACCCACUGACACCCCUGUCCGUAAGAACCUGCGCUCCGCCAUUAGCCAUUACAUCCUGGAGAAAGGCCUGUGGAAGAACUGCAGCAGCAGCUGCUCGGCCGGCAUCAAGAGCGAUCCGAGGGACACCUGCGUCUGCCAAUGCCACAACGACCCCGCCGUGAACACGGACUGCUGCCCGACCCGCAAGGGCAUGGCGCGGGUCAUCAUCACGGUGCAGCGGGCCGCCGGCCUGUGGGGAGACCACAGCACGGCCACCGACGGCUACGUGAAGGUGUUCUUCAACCGCAUCAUGGUCCAACGUUCGCCGGUCAUUCAAAACAACAACUACCCGCACUGGGCCACGGUGGUCGACCUUGGCCCCCAGGACGUGUCCUCCGGGAAAACGGUGAGAUUCGAAGUGUGGGAUCAGGACAACACGUGGGACGACGACCUGCUGGGAGCGUGUGACCAAGUCCUCAAGGCCGGGGUCAAGGAGGAUCUCUGCAUCCUGCAGCACGGCCAGCUCUUCUACAAGUUGGAAGUGAAAUGUGCUCCGAGUCUGAGCGGAGACACAUGCGUGGACUACAAGGCUUCGCCCAUGACUCAAAGUCUGGAGAGCAUGUACGUGUCUCGUCAUGCGCAUCCUAUCCCAAAGGCCAUGCUGCGGGAGAUGGGCGUGUUUGUGGAUGAAACGAGCUAAAUAAAAUCAGUGUUGUUUGACACAGAAUAUAUUGGACUUGACGUAUUUUGAAUCAUUUUGAGGCAAACUUUUUGCAUUUUACCAACCUGUAUGUUUAUGCAUCACCACCAGUCGGUUCAGUACUGAUAAAUUAGACUGGCGGAGCACCAAGAGGACAAAAAAAAGACAAGGAAGUUAAAAAUAGAGCAAAAGACAAAACGAACAGGACUGAAACACAAAAACAAAGCUUUAAAGACACAUUACACUGAACACAUUAUGGAAAUUGACCACUUAAAGAAGUCCAGGAUAAUUAAAUUAAAAACUGUCAAAUCAUUUAAUUCCUGUUUUACCUUUGGUUAGUUAAAACUCACGAGCCAAUAGGGGUAAAGUCACUGUGUAAGGGGCGGGACUAAUGGCACAGGUUAGUGUGCGGAGUAGUGAGCACGUGAGAGGAGAGAAACAGACUAUCAACUAGAGAGCUAAGGGAA